ACGUCUGAUCAUUGAAGAAUGUGCUUUUUACACUGUGCAUCCCAGAAGUGGAUUAAUAACUGACAUCAACCCCAGUUUACAUCAUUCUGCUGUUCGCAAAGAUUCGACAGCUGAACUUGGAAGAAAUAUGUGAAGAGUUUUACAGAUGUAGUGAGCAGUGAACAUUUUGGUUGUGAAAAAUAAUCUGGAGAACAUGAUCCAGUUGGCACAGAAAUGAGACAUGGUCAACAACAGCUUAGUCAACGAUUACAUAGCUGGAGCAGUUGGUGGAUGUGCGGGGCUGGUUGUAGGACAUCCUUUCGAUACCACUAAGGUGCAGCUGCAGACGCAGGCAGCACACAACAGGUACUCUGGCACAUGGGACUGUAUUAGAAAUGUUCACAGGCACGGAUGGACCAAAGGUUUUUUCCGUGGGAUGUCUUGGCCUGUUCUCUCUUAUGGCGCCGUGAACUCUGUGUUUUUUGGUGUCUAUGGCAACAGCCUGAGCCUGAUUCAGCGUUACAGCACUCAUACAGGUGAUAAACCUCAUUACUGGCAGAUUUACCUGGCAGGUUGUAUGGGUGGAACCGCUCAGCUGGUGCUUGCCUGUCCAGUUGACCUGAUUAAGGUUGUGUUACAGUCUCAGAUCCCUCAUGGCUCCAUAGCCAAUCCUUCUCCUGCUUAUAAAGGCCCCCUCCAGGUGGCAGUGAGAGUCCUGAAAGACAGGGGAUUGACUGGCCUGUACAGAGGCUUGAGUAUACAAGCAGCAAGAGACCUGCCUGCUAGCGGCACAUACUUCACUGUGUUUGUGUGGAUGAACAGAUGGUGUGAGAGUUACCUCCCUUCAGUCCCUAUGUCACUCUUUCACUUCCUCUCUGGGGGCGUGGCAGGAGUCCUGUCAUGGAUGUUAAUCUUGCCACUUGACGUCAUAAAGUCGCGAUACCAGGCUGACAGAGAGGUGGGUCGUUACAGGUCCGUCCUGCACUGUGCCUCACUAAGCUAUCAGGAGGAGGGUGUGACGGUAUUCUUCAGGGGCGUCUUGGCCAUGUCUGUGAGGGCGUUUCCUGUCAAUGCCGUGACACUGGGCGUUUAUGGGUACUGCAUAAAAUUCCUGAACAGAAGCUCCUGUGUGACAGACAUGUAGCUGUUUCCUUCAUAAUAAGCCAUGAGUCAACUUUUGUCAGGGAAUUAACUCCAAGCUGAUAAAGUACACCGCAGUACAGGUGAUAUAAUAACUAAGUUAUGUCCAUGAACUAAUUCCAGGCUGAUAAGUAUAUUGCAGUACAGGGGAUCUGAUAACUAACUUAUCAUGUCCAUGAACUAAUUCCAAGCUGAUAAGUGUAUUGCAGUACAGGGGAUCUGAUAACUAACUUAUCAAGACUCAACAGUAGACUAUUUGUACUGAUACUAGAAUGUUUUUUUUUCUUUAAUUUUUAUGUGAAAGAUAUGUGUGGCAAAUGUGAAAAAUUUUACAUUUAUAUGUAUAGGCUACUUUUGAAAGGGCCGUAUGUUCUUUUGAAAGGAUUCCAACUUCACAUGUUUGUUUGCUGAUGAUUUGAUAACCAUAUGCAUUAUAAACACAGGUUGCAGCUGAUGGUUUAUUGACCAUUGAGAGAAUUUAACAUAUAGUGUGGCUCAGCCAGAAAUGUCAUCAUACAUUCCUGUAUCCCACCGAGCUGGUCUGACCUGUUUGCAUGCUGAGCCCUUCCUGAUGGGGUGACCUCAUGCUCCUUACCUUUCCAUACAUGUACCUUUAUUUGAUAAAUCCCAACAAGGAAAAAAUUUAAAGCCAAACAAUAUCUAAAAUAGUAAAAUCAGUGGAAUGUAUUGACCCUUGGAUCAGUAUUGCUUAAAAAUGCUGUGUUUUGGGCUAACAUCUAUCACCACAAAUCUGAUCAACUUCUUGCUAUUUCAUAAUAACCCAAAUUUUUACCUUUCACAAACUUUUCAUACAUUAGAAUCAUUUACCACAAUAGAGCCUGAUAUUUUCUGAAAGGCAAUAAUUUGAGUUAUUCUUGAAUAAUUGAGAUAAUUUGAUUUGAAUAGUCAAUAUGGAUCUUUUGUCAGAAAUCUCUUUAAGGUACCAUUCUUGUUUUACAAGUUUUAUUCUCAAGUUGUACAAAUGUUAUGCCACUCACAUGGUAGGAAAUAUUCAUUGCCAAAGGUAUUAACAGUUAUUGUUGUACUCAUCUUGCCAGUUACUCGGUGUGUGUUUGUUCAUGUAUUCAGGGAAGAAUGACCAGUUACAGGCUGAUGUACACCGCAUCCAGUACAGAGGUAUGGUGGACUGUAUUGUAUAGUCUGAGGUCAGGGGAAUAACCUCGUUAUUGCGUGGCGGGUCACUCAUUUGUAUCCAUGCCUCCCUAGUCAAUGCUGUCACCUUCCUAUUCUACUCACGAAUGCGAAAAUACCUCAACUCAGAGUAGUGGGCAUUAACUGAAAACUUGUGAUAUCUUUCGAAUCAUGCAUUUGAAAGUUCUUUAACUGAACUUUAAUUGAAUCGACCAAUUUUCAUUAUGAGGAUUGUGUGUCGUGACUAUACGUGUGUGUGUGCUUGGAAAAGCAAACCUGCAAAGGUUGAAAACGGUUGUGUAUUCUACCUCAUAUGGAAUUGUUGUGAUUUUAACGAGUGAAAAACAAUCAUGUGUAGACAUUUUGGUGAGUGACCUUGAUGUCCAUUUGAGUAUACAUAGAGUGGAAUUGGUACAAGAAUACUCUUAUGGUUUGUUUAAGAUGUGAUAUCAGUUUUCUUACAACUAAUAAAUAUACACUCAACAUUGUAUAACAUCACGUAAUAAUAUACUCUGCAUAUUGUUGUAUGAUUGUCACAGGAUGUAUUACCAAUAUUCCAAGCUUAUCUUUUUAUUUGUAAUAUUAUGCAAUAAAUAUAUACUCAACAUUGUAUAAUAUCACGUAAUAAUACACUCUGCAUAUUGUUGUAUGAUUGUCACAGGAUGUAAUGCCAGUAUUCCAAGCUUAUCUUUCUAUUUGUAAUAUCAUGCAAUAAAUAUAUACUCAACAUUGUAUAUAUCACUUCAUAAUACACUCUGCAUAUUGUUGUAUGAUUGUCACAGGAUGUAAUGCCAAUAUUCCAAGCUUAUCUUUUUAUUUGUAAUAUUAUGCUGAUAAAUGUUCAACAUUAUAAAAUAUCUUACAUAACACGGCAUCCAGGACCAGCUUAGACCCCUUCUAGCUAACAGAGAAGCUAUUGUUCAACAUUGAAAGGUUGCCAGAUAUGACAAGUAAUAUCUUGGAUAACACUGGUGUCAGAAUGAACCUUGCCCUCAUCUUCUACGUCUGUACAAAUUCAGUGUCAAGGCAUGUUCCCCUUGACUUCUCUGUAGGGCUUAGUCUGCCUGAGCCAACAUUUUGUACAUGACUCCAAAAUAAUUAUGCAUUCAGCUUUUCAUACCAUUAGGGAAGUGUUUAAACGUGAGAAUAAUCAAGGAGAUAAUAAUUGUGGCAGUUUUAAAACCACUGUUUUACAAAUUUUGUAAAAUUUCUCAAUUAAUUAAACUUUUAAAAAUGUAAAUAGGAUUAAAUUUUCUGUCGACAUACCAAGCAAGAAACUUAUGGGUGUUUUCUUCCCAACAGAUGUAUUUCUGAUAGGCUAUUUUGCACCAUCUUGGGUGCAUUUGUUAAAAUACAAACUUCAGGAAAAUUCAAGAUAGCAAUGGUUACCACAGCAACCACCAAUGUGAACUAACCAUGUUGACUGAAAAGUUAUUGGGUAAGUUUUGUGCAAAUUAGAGAUGAAUUUGUAAAAUGGCUUAGACACUUGCCAUGAGCUGCCAAAACCUUACACAUGGUGACCUUUACCCAUAUACCUGGUGACUUUUACCCAUAGACUUGGAGACCUUUACCCUACACAAGUGACCUUUACCCUACACCAGGUGACCUUUACCAUACAUGUACACCUGGUGACCUUUAAAAUGCAUCUGGUGACCUCUACCCCUUCAUCUUGUGACCUUUACCCAUGCAUCUCAUGACCUUGACCCAUACACUUGGAGACCUUUACCAUACACCAGGUGACCUUUACCCCUACACCUAGUGACCUGUACUUUACCCAUGGUGACCUUUACCCAUAAACCUGGUAAUCUCUACCCCUACACCAGGUGACCAUUACUGUGCACCUGGUGACCAUUACCUAGCAACAGGUGUCCUUUACCCAUGCUCCUGGUGACCUUUGCCCAGCUGACUAUAGCUAUAUACUAUACAAGUUCCAAGUAUGGUGGCACAAACAUCCAUCAACUACAGGAAUAUAGUUGUUGAAAAUAGAAUUUGUCAGAGAUCAUGGAUACAAAUUUUCGUGUAGUUUUUGGUGUGAAUUUGAUGCAGUGGUACAUGAACAUAUGCAAAUAUGAAUUCACACAUAAGUUUAACUCAUCUGAUAAUUUUUGAUAUGUACAUAAAUGGAUUAUAGCAGUAAGCCUACAUAUAUUAAUAGUUUUAUUUUGUGCAGGCUGAUGAAGGGUCCAAUGAGCAAAUGUUUCCAUAGUAAGUUGUGCUAUUUUUUAAGUUUUGCUGUAUGUUUUAAGAAAUUCAAAACCAAUUAACCUUCACAAAUAUUUUUGUUAAAUGUACACAUAAUAAUAUUAAAUUUGUAUGUUUUGUACAAGAUAAAGUUAAAUGAAUAAAUG